CAAGGAUCGGACGCAGGUUUGAAAUGGCAGAACACUGUUGUGCAUAGGCUGUCUCAGUCUGGAUAUAUGAGGAGUGUCCAAAUGCUCUCUUUGCAAGACCAACACAUCUGUUGUCGAUCCUUGGAGAUGAAGAAGUAUCUCAUCCGAGCUGGAAAUGUAUUUGUGUCUGAAAUGAAGGUUUCUGUUGAACUCAGUGUUAUCUACUGGAACCAGGGUGCUGAGAACACACCAGCGUCUGUUCACUGGGGAUCAGUUCUUCAACUGCAUUGAUUGUACAAGAGAUUCAAACAUCUGACUUUCUGAAUUGCCAGAGAAUUGAUUGUAGUGAGGUAUCAUUCUCCAUCUCUCAGUGUGGGAAGGGAUUCACUCACAGCUGACCUGCAGACACGCCAGUGAGUUCACAGUGGGGAGAGGCCAUUCACCCGCUCUGCGUGAGGGAGGGGAACCACUCAGUCAUCCAGCCUGAAGAUACAUCAGCAAGUUCACACCAUAGUGAGAUGCUCCACCUGUUCUGACUGUGGGAAGCAAUUUGAUCUGUUGUUGCUGCUAACGAUAUAUCUGAAAAUUCACCAGUGAGAUGACGGUAACCUGCUUAGAUGGUGGGAGGGCAUUCACACACUCAACCACACCACAGUGACACCAGCGAGUUCACACCAGGGAGAAGUCAUUCACCUGCUCUGAAUGUGGGAAAGGAUUCACUCAAUCAUCUCAACUGAAUGAACAGCAGUGAGUUCACACUGAAAAGAUGCCGUUCACCUGCUCAGACUGUGGGAAGCAAUUCACUCGUUCAUCCACACUACAGAGACAUCAGCGAAUUCAUACUGGGGAGAAGCCAUUCACUUGCUCUGAAUGUGGGAAGGGAUUCACUCAGUCAUCUCAACUGGAGGUGCAUCUGCGAGUUCACACUGGGGAGAGGCCAUUCACAUGCUCUGAAUGUGGGAAAGGAUUCACUGAGUCGUACUCCCUUGUGAAGCACUACCGAAUUCACACUGGGGAGAAGCCAUUCACAUGCUCUGAAUGUGGGAAGGGAUUUGCUCAGUCAUCCAAUCUGAAAGUACAUCAGCGAGUUCACACUGUGGAGAGGCCAUUCACAUGCUCUGAAUGUGGGAAGGGAUUCGCUGAUUCGUACUCCCUUGUGAAGCACUGCCGAAUUCACACUGGGGAGAAGCCAUUCAAGUGCUCUGAGUGUGGGAAGGGAUUCACUGACUCAUCUCUCCUCGUGAAGCACUGCCGAAUUCACACUGGGGAGAAGCCAUUCACGUGCUCUGAAUGUGGGAAGGGGUUCACUGAUUCAUAUUCCCUUGUGAAGCACUGCCAAAUUCACACUGGGGAGAAGCCAUUCACUUGCUCUGAAUGUGGGAAAGGAUUCACUGAGUCAUUUCAACUGAAGGUACAUGAGCGAAUUCACACUGGGGAGAAACCAUUCAGCUGCUCUGAAUGUGGGAAAGGAUUCACUCAGUCAUCUCAUCUGAAGGCACAUCAGCGAAUUCACACUGGGGAGAAACCAUUCAGCUGCUCUGAAUGUGGGAAGGGAUUUGCUCGGUCAUCUCGACUGAUUGAACAUCAGCGACUUCACACUGGGGAGAAACCGUUCAGCUGCUCUGAAUGUGGGAAGGGAUUCACUAAGUCAGACACCCUCGUGAAGCACUACCGAAUUCACACUGGGGAGAAGCCAUUCACAUGCUCUGAGUGUGGGAAGGGUUUCACUCAGUCAUCUCAUCUGAAGGCGCAUCAACGAAUUCACACUGGGGAGAAACCGUUCAGCUGCUCUGAAUGUGGGAAGGGAUUCACUCAGUCAUCCAACCUUGUGCAGCACUCCCAAAUUCACACUAGGGAGAAACUGUUCACCUGCUCAGAUUGUGGGAAGAAAUUCACUCGGUCAUCAGACUUUAAAGUACAUCAACGAAUUCACACUGGGGGAUGCCACUCACCUGUUCUAAAUGUGGGAAAGGAUUUGCUUAGACAUCUCAGUUGAAUGAACAUCAGUGAGUUCACACUGGGAAGAAACUGUUCAACUGCUCAGACUGUGGGAAGGAAUUCACUCAGACAUCUCGCCUACCAACACACCAGGCUGUUUUCAGCGGUGAGUGGACGUUGACCUGCUCAGACUGUGGGAAGGCAUUCACACACUUAUCCAAGCUGCAGAGACAGUGGUGGGUUCACACUGUGGUGAGGAUGGUCACCUGCUCUGAAUGUGGGAUGGGUUCCAAUCAGUCAUUCAUCCUGUGACACCCUACCGAGCUUUGACCCAUCAUUAAUCAGAGAGAUCAGAAGCUUGAGAGGAUGUAAUUCACUCAGGUUCGCUGAUGGUGUACUAAUGGCAGUGCUUCCGGGCAGGUUUUUUUUUUUAGCUUUCAGCAGUGGCCAAUCAGCAUUCAGGAUUGAUUAUCAAGUCAGGCAGGAGCAAGUAGAGCGGCCAGUGUUGGAGAGGGCAGAGUUGGAGCGGAGACGUUGAGACUUGACCUCUUUGAGGUUUCAGUGAGGAGAGAAUUCAGUCAGAGAAGGCAAAAUCAUGAUGGAGCUAGAACUUUUAUCUGAACAUAUGCUCAGUUAGAACAGUGGAGAUGCCAGGCAGGAGAUUGGAAAGCUUCUCUUGCGGGAUGUGGGAAUGCAGAGGACCUUCCUAUGUCCUUGAUAACUACACCUGUGAGAAAGGCAUCCAGCUGCAGAUCCAAACAAUCUACAUUAAGGAGUUGGAGCUGGAACUGCAUGAACUCCAGAUCAUUUGGGAGGCUGAAGGGGUGAUAGUUAGGACAUAUAGAGAGGAAGUAGCACCCAAGGUGCAUGGCACAGGAAACUGGGUGACAGGGAGGGGAAAGGAGGAAACAGCGAAUGUAGUGUUACCCUGUGUCCAUCCCCUUGAACAACACAUAUAUCACUUUAGCUACUGACAGAGAUGGUGGGAUGACCUUGCAAAGGAAAGUCACAGCAAUCGGGUCUCUGGCUCUGAGACUGAGAAGGGAAGGGUGGGAAGAGGUGAGCUGCAGUCGUAGGUGAUUCAUUAGCGAAGGGAACUGACUGGAUGCUCUGUGGGUGAGAAUGAGAUUCCAGGAUGGUAUGUUGUCUCCUGCGUGCUAGCAUCUGCAACAUCUUGGGUUGAGCGCUCAGCAUUCCUAAGGAAGGUGAACAGUGAAGGUCGUGGUCCAUGUGGGUACCAAUGAUAUGGGCUGGUAGAGUAACGAGGUUCUGCAACGGGGGUUCAGUGGAUGCUAAGAUAAAGGGCAGCUCGUCCAGGGCUGUAACCUCAGGACUGUGAUUUGUGCCACGUGCCAGGAAUAGGAAGAAUAUACUGUUUACCACGUGGCUAAGGAGUUGGUGCAGGAGUGAGGGCAUAAGAUUUUUGGGUUAUUUGACCCCACAAGGAUUCUUGUGUGCAUGGGAGUGUGAGUGUGUUAGGGGAGAGGGCUCAUCGUUGAUGGAGGGUGAAGUGGGCAGACAGGUCUCUCUCACACACACAAACACAUGCAGUGGAGUGUGAGGGAGGGGAGUGAGAAGGGGAAAGGGGAAUGAGGAGGAUGGUGUUAUGGCUCCUUCACAAAGUCCCAGACUCACCCACUCUUCCCCCUCUGGAAUUGGUCCCAUUCCUUACACCAGCCUAGCUGGCUGGUGGCAUAGUGGCAUCAACGCCGGACUUCAGAGCGAAGGCUCCCGAGUUCGAAUCCAGCCGGCUCCCGUACACACUUUCCAUCCGCGCUGGGUUGAGCGUCGAGCUAGCAACUGGACCUCGUAAAAAAGAUUUCCUGCUACAGAAACAUCAACACCAAAAAGUUGAUGGCCUAUGAUCUCUCGUGAGUUGAAAGGCAAUUUCUCUUUCUCUCUUUCCCCCUAUCCCAGGCUAGGGGUUGGCAUUGAGUUACCUUGCCAACAUUUUUGUGAAUUGUUCGAUAACAUCUGGUUAACACACUUUGAUAAUAAAUUUACGUUGAACUUGAACAUUGAAAUGUAUUGUUUGUAAAACAUGUCUUCUUCUUCAUCUGCCUUGCGCGUUACAUGCUUGGGCGAUCAAGGCUUUCCACAUCAAACAAUCCCACGCAGCGUCAAUGAUAUCUCGCACACUUAGAUCUGUUAGUUCUUUCACAGCGUCCAUAUAGUUUCUUCUUUGCCUUCCUCUUCCGCAUUUCCAAAGCAUACGGCUUGUAAUGUGAGGCAUUCUAUUUCUCCCUUUCUGAUGGCAUGACCCAGGAAUUUAAGUUUCCUCUCAUUUAAUGUUCACAUUAAAGAUCUUUUUGUAUAGGCACGUUGGAGUACUGUCUCAUUAGUUACCCUAUCUCUAUAUGAUAUUUUUAGCAUUCUCCUAAGAAACCACAUUUCUGUUCCUUCUAAGUUUCUUUGGAGUUCUGGUGUUAUAGUCCAUGUUUCAGAAGUGUACAGCAAGAUUGACCAGACAUAACAUUUUAGUAGCCUAAGCCUUAUUGUCAUAUAAAUGUGUCUGUUGGUAAAAAUAUGUUUCAUUUUUUGGAAGUUGGUUUUGGCAAUGGCAGUUCUUCCUUUUAUUUCUACUUUACUUUUAGCAUCUUGUGUUAUAAAGCUACCGAAGUAAUUAAAGCUGGUCUUUUGUUCAAUCUCUUGGUUACCGAUGUACAAUUGACAGCUAUUAAAGUGGUAUUGUCUUCAUCUCUUAUAUUGUUGAUGUUAACACCUCCAAUUUUUAUCCCAUCUAGGUCUUCUAUUUCCCUGACAAUCAUUUCACUAUAGAUAUUAAAUGAUUCAGGUUUGGCCUCUGUUUGGUUCCAAUAUAAAUUUUGAAGCAUUGUUGGUUCCUUCCGUCAAUGUUUAGUUUAGUGAGAAUUUGAAAUAAUUCAAACUAUCAAAAUGUCUUAUGGAAUAUUGGGCAAUAUCCGAUCGGCUGUUUUAGCUAAAUAGAACAUAGAACAUAGAACAGUACAGCACAGUACAGGCCCUUCGGCCCACAAUAUUGUGCCGACCCGCAAACCCUGCCUCCCAUAUAAGCCCCCACCUUAAAUUCCUUCAUAUACCUAUCUAGUAGUCACUUAAACUUUACUAGUGUAUCUGCCUCCACCACUGACUCAGGCAGUGCAUUCCACGCACCAACCACUCUCUGAGUAAAAAACCUUCCCCUAAUAUCCCCCUUGAACUUCCCACCCCUUACUUUAAAGCCAUGUCCCCUUGUAUUGAGCAGUGGUGCCCUGGGGAAGAGGCGCUGGCUAUCCACUCUAUUUAUUCCUCUUAUUAUCUUGUACACCUCUAUCAUGUCUUCUGUCAUUUUCCUUCUUUCCAAAGAGUAAAGCCCGAGCUCCCUUAAUCUCUGAUCAUGAUGCAUACUCUCUAAACCAGGCAGCAUCCUGGUAAAUCUCCUCUAUACCCCAUCCAAUGCUUCCACAUCCUUCCUAUAGUGAGGAGACCAGAACUGGACACAGUACUCCAAGUGUGGCCAAUUCUGAAUCCACCCGGCCAAACUUGCCUGGAUCCCAUGCCUUUUGACUUUCUGAAUAAGCCUACCAUGUGGAACCUUGUCAAAUGCCUUACUAAAAUCCAUAUACAUCACAUCCACUGCACUACACUCAUCUAUAUGCCUGGUCACCUCCUCAAAGAACUCUAUCAGGCUUGUUAGACACGAUCUGCCCUUCACAAAACCAUGCUGACUGUCCCUGAUCAGCCAUGAUUCUCUAAAUGCUCAGAGAUCCUAUCUCUAAGAAUCUUUUCCAACAGCUUUCCCACCACAGACGCAAGGCUCACUGGUCUAUAAUUACCCGGACUAUCCCUACUACCCUUUUUGAACAAGGGAACAACAUUCACCUGCCUCCAGUCCUCCGGGACCAUUCCCGUGGACAACGAGGACAUAAAGAUCCUAACCAGAGGCUCAGCAAUCUCUUCCCUCGCCUCGUGGAGCAGCCUGGGGAAUAUUCCGUCAGGCCCCGGAGACUUAUCUGUCCUAAUGUAUUUUAACAACUCCAAAACCUCCUCUCCCUUAAUAUCAGCAUGCUCCAGAACAUCAACCUCACUCAUAUUGUCCUCACCAUCAUCAAGUUCCCUCUCAUUGGUGAAUAUCGAAGAGAAGUAUUCAUUGAGGACCUCGCUCACUUCCACAGCCUCCAGACACAUCUUCCCACCUUUAUCUCUAAUCAGGCCUACCUCCUCUCCUGUCAUCUUUUGUUCCUCACACAAUUGAAGAAUGCCUUGGGGUUUUCCUUUACCCUACUCGGCAAGGCCUUCUCAUGCCCACUUCUUGCUCUUCUCAGCCCCUUCUUAAGCUCCUUUCUUGCUUCCCUAUAUUCUUCAAUAGACCCAUCUGAUCCUUGCUUCCUAAACCUCAUGUAUGCUGCCUUCUUCCACCUGACUAGAUUUUCCACCUCACUUGUCACCCAUGGUUCCUUCACCCUACCAUUGUUUAUCUUCCUCACUGGGACAAGUUUAUCUCGAACAUCCUGCAAGAGAUCUCUAAACAUUGACCACAUGUCCAUAGUACAUUUCCCUGCAAAAACAUCAUCCCAAUUCACACCCGAAAGUUCUAGCCUUAUAGCCUCAUCAUUUGCCCUUCCCCAAUUAAAAGUUUUUCUGUCCUCUGAUUCUGUCUUUUUCCAUGAUAAUGCUAAAGCCCAGGGAGUGGUGGUCACUGUCCCCCAGAUGCUCACUCACUGAGAGAUCUGUGACCUGACCCGGUUCAUUACCUAGUACGAGAUCUAGUAUGGCCUUCCCCCUAGUCGGCCUGUCCACAUACUGUGACAGGAAUCUGUACUGGACACACAUAACAAACUCUGCCCCAUCUAAACCCUUAGAACUAAUCAGGUGCUAAUCAAUAUUAGGGAAGUUAAAGUCACCCAUGAUAACAACCCUGUUAUUUUUGCACCUUUCGAAAGUCUGCCUCCCAAUCUGCUCUUCUGUAUCUCUGCUGCUACCCCCAAUACCCCCAAUAGAGUAACUGCUCCCUUCCUGUUCCUGACUUCCACCCAUACUGACUCAAAAGAGGAUCCUGCUACAUUACCCACCCUUUCUGUAGCUGUAAUAGUAUCCCUGACCAGUAAUGCCACCCCUCCUCCCCUUUUUCCGCCCUCUCCAUCCCUUUUAAAGCACUGAAAUCCAGGAAUAUUGAGGAUCCAUUCCUGCCCUGGUGAUGCCAAGUCUCUGUAAUGGCCACUACAUCAUAAUUCCAUGUAUGUAUCCAAGCUCUCAGUUCAUCACCUUUGUUCCUGAUGCUUCUUGCAUUAAGGGAUAACCGUUUUAACAUUAGCAUAACCGAAGCCUAUGCACCAACAAUUGAUGCGGAUGAAGAGGAUAUCAACAAGUUUUAUGAAGAUCUCGACAGUGCUUACGAGCAAUGAAAAUUUCAGGACAUAAAACUAGUCAUGGGAGAUUUUAACGCCAAAGUUGGACAGGAAAUGGUUGAUAACAUGAUAGGACCCUUUGGAUUAGGGGAGAAAAAUGAAAAUGGAGAAAGGUUUACUGAUUGGUGUGUCAGAAACAACCAAAUGAUCACCAAUACUUGGCACAAAAACCAUCCAUGUUGAUUGAGUACUUGGAUUAGCCCUGGAGAUAGAACAAGGAAUCAAGUAGAUUUUAUGACCAUCAAUGAAAGCUUUGGAAAUAAUAUCACAAAUUCUAAAAUUUACCCAGGAGCAGACUGGUUCAGGUCACCAUCCAGUAAUAGCUACCAUUGAAACAAAAUUAAAGAAACUGAUACGUGGAAAAGGAGAGAAAGAAGAAUAUGUUAGGAGAACUUAAAAAAGAUAACAUACUUAAACAACAAUUCAAGACAGUUGAGGAAGAACACCUCAACGAAAACACCUAUUUGGGACAGAUUUAAAUCUGCUAUACAGCGAUCAGCAGAGAAGAUAAUCCCAGUACAAAAAUCCAACUCACCAACAAGGGAUGGAUAAGCCAAGAAAUCCUAGAAGUGAUGGAACAAAGAAGUUUAGUGAGGAAUAAUGAAGUGUGUUACGUACCCCGUAACUGGGUUGCCAAACCAGCAGAAAUAGAUCACUCAGUUGGAGUCUGGAUUACUAGAACUAAGAAAGUUUUAUUAAAGAAACAAGCAACACAGUACUCUAAUCAAAAGGAAAAUAAAUGCAACAGUUCAGCAAUGAUAAACACACACGUACACAGAAUUAGGAUAACAGGAUAAAUCAAGCUCUAUCGUCAUCUAGGGGUAAAUGACCAGUUUCAAAGUGACGCAAAGUUCAGUUCAAUUGAGUUCAGUUCAGUUCACAGUAAUAACUGCCGUGGGAGAUGGACAGUGGGAGGAAGGAGAGAGAGAGCAAAAACGAAUGAAUAUUCAAACGGCUUCCACACAGACCUUCGAUAUUCUUCGCAGUCAGCUUUCGGGCGAGCCCCUUGUGAUGUCUUCUGAGGUCACCGACCGUGACCCCUCCGUUUCCAGAUACGAUCGUUUCUCUGCGGUGAACCUGGCACCCAGGCAAGGGCGGACACACACCAGGUUCCCGCCGAUUGUACCUUUCCACCCUGUGCGUCUAUGGCUUGGUCCCGCGACCAGCCCUCCAAAACCUCAUGGUGUCGUGUGUGUGUUGCCUUAGCGAACCUGUCCCUUUUUAUCCCCCUGCUGGGGUAUCGCCUGUCCAUCACUUCAAACAGUUCAGGGUUCAAAAGGGGGGCCGAUCUUGACAGCUCUCCUUCCGUCCCUUAAUUAACAUCUCCAAAUGCUGCUCCAUUGUUUUCCUUAUCUCGCUUUCUCCUGAAGACAGGUGGCAGACCAACUGCUGAUCCCACUGGUGCCAGCACAGGACAGUUAACAUCUUAAUCUAUGUGUACCCUCGUCACAAGUGCAGUACAGAGAGACAGACAGACAGACCGACCAAACAAUUGUGCAGUAUUGCAAAGGAGGAAUGGCUGAAUCAAAAAUGCAGUGAAGUAGAAGGCCAUAUUAACAAUAGCAAAGACAUGCACAAGCUGAGGAAAUUACUGCAAUUAAGAAAACCUCCUCUGCAGGAUGCAUAAGAUCAGCAGACAGAUCCAUACGAACAGAUUCAGAUAAAGUAUGUGAAAGGUGGAUUCAGUAUAUAGAGCAGCUGUUUGAGGAUAAUAGAGGGAGACCCCCAGAUAUUAAACACCCUAAUUCUACAUAAGAUGGACGAGUACAGCACAUUACAGGCCCUUCGGCCCACAAUGUUGUGCCGACCCUCAAACCCUGCCUCCCAUAUAAGCCCCCACGUUAAAUUCCUCCAUAUACCUGUCUAGUAGUCUCAUAAACUUCACGAGUGUAUCUGCCUCCACCACUGACUCAGGCAGUGCAUUCCAUGCACCAACCACUCUGAGUAAAAAAAACCUUCCUCUAAUAUCCCUCUUGAACUUCCCACCCCUUACCUUAAAGCCAUGUCCUCUUAUAUUGAGCAGUGGUGCCCUGGGGAAGAGGCGCUGGCUGUCCACUCUAUCUAUUCCUCCUAUUAUCUUGUACACCUCUAUCAUGUCUCCUCUCAUUUUCCUUCUCUCCAACGAGUAAAGCCCUAGCUCCCUUAAUCUCUGAUCAUAAUGCAUACUCUCUAAACCAGGCAGCAUCCCCUUCCAAUGUUUCCACAUCCUUCCUAUAGUGAGGCCACCAGAACUGGACACAGUACUCCAAGUGUGGCCUAACCAGAGUUUUAUCGAGCUGCAUCAUUACAUCACAACUCUUAAACUCUAUCCCUCGACUUAUGAAAGCUAAUACCCCAUAAGCUUUCUUAACUACCCUAUCUACCUGUGAGGCAACUUUCAGGGAUCUGUGCACAUGUACCCCCAGAUCCCUCUGCUCCUCCACACUGCCAAGUAUCCUGACAUUUACUUUGUACUCUGCCUUGGAGUGUCAUAAGGCAGCGGCGGGGACAGACCCAAAUGCAAGACACGGACACUGAAGUACUACGGACAGGACUAGGAUACAGGGCGAUGACAAGGACAUGGACAGGAAAACCAGGAACCUAGAACAGGACAAAAGAUCUAGGAACCCGGGCUUGGACGCCGAGCCAGAGACUGGACAAGCACCCAGUAACUGGGUUUUGCCUCUGGCUCGGACCCCAGAAGUAGGCAAGGGCGAGGUUUGGCAGGCAGGCAGGACGAGGCGGGAGACUUAAGACUUGAGGCCAGAGGUUAGAGACUUCAGGCUUGAGGCUAGGCAGGAGACGAGAUGAGGCGAGGCGAGGCCAGAGGCAGGAGGCAGGAGGCUUGAGGCAAGGCCGGAGACUUGAGGCGAGGCAAUAAAUGAUGCGCCGCUCCAGCUGUGACUCAGUGACUUUCGUCACUUCACAAACUCGCACUCACGCAGCCUCCAACAACAGAGCGCCCAAUUGCAAAGUUACCAAUUUCAACUCAAAGACAUUCCUCUCUUUGUUAAAAGUAAUCUCCGCUCUUCUCCUUUCAUUGCUCCCGCCUCUGUUGAAUUGUCAAACUGUGUUUUCCAUUCAUUUACAAUUCCGAAUUUCUUCCCAUUGCCAAGUUCUUACCUGUGCUCCCAGCUGUCAGCACUGUUCUCCCCAAGGUGAGCUGUGCGCGGCCGGGCUGGAACUGAAAUGCUCCCGCGAACAGCGUGUAUUGCCGUGUACUUGGAGUUUUGUUUUAUAUAAUGUUGUUGUCACUGUUAAGUUAUGCAAAUAUAUGUUUAAACUCUGUUAAUAUAAUCAUGGAAUUCCCUGAAAUUAAUUGUUAAUGAAUAUAAUCUAUAUACUUUCUAAAUAAGAAAUGUUAUGAACCUUACUUUGCAUCUUUUUGGAGCUUCAGUUCGUCAGUGUUUUAAGUUAAAACACUGUUACAAAUUACAGGCCAAACCCUCUGUUAUGGAUCAAGCCUUUUUGAUAUG